AUGACAACUUUCGAAUUUAUUAAACAACAAUUGGAGAAAUCAGAAAGAAAAUAUGGUGAAGCAAAGAAGAGGUUAGUAGGGUGGGAAGAGGGGAGCAAUCAAAAGAGAUUAAACGAGUUGAGGAUAUUGUUAGCAGGAAGGAAAUACAUAGAAAAGGAAAUACUAGAAGAAGGAAAAGAAGAAUUGAAAAAGGAGAAAGAUGGUUUGGAGGAGCAAAUUUCAAAAAGAUGGAAGGCAAAUAGUGCAGUAACAGCAAUAGAGAGAAAAAUGCAAUACUUUGCUGAUCCUGCUGAAUGGAAUUCAUCACUUCUCAAGAAAAUUAUUGAAGGUUCUUUUUUAAUGAUACAUGGUGUACGUACUUCAGGUAAAUCAUCUUGUAUAUUUCGAACUAUAAAACAGCUGAAUGAGAAAGGUUAUUUCUGCUUAUAUGCAAGUUUCGAGAGAUUGACUUAUGAGAUUGAUAACUUAAAAUCAGUUUCUUUCUGGAAAACUUUUAUUAGCCAGUUGCUAAAGACAAACAGGAGAACUGCUGGAUUGUCCAAUUCUUCACAAACUUGGGAUGAAUUUCUAAGUCUUUUUGAAAAAUGGUCUGAACUUCAACAAAAUCAACCCAUCUAUUCUGUGGUUGCCAUUAGGACAUUAAGUAUACUUUAUUUGAACACAAUUAAAGCUUUAUUUGAAGAGUUUAUGAGUGAUAGAGUUAUUGUCAUUGACCCUCUGGUGAUCACAGACAUCUAUGCUUUAACAAAUAGGCGUGCUAUUAAUAAAAAAUUACCACCAAAAGAUUUUAAUGGAAGACAAUGUAUUACUUACCAACAUUGGCAAAAAUUUAAACUUAAAACAUUGCUACAAGAGAUAAGGAGAUACCGAACAUUUUAUAAAAUGAUUAAUAAACUCAAAGAACCUUAUUCUAUGAAAGCUGUAAAGUUUCUUCGCCAAUACCUUCUUGAUGUUGUAGAAUUCACAGAAGUUCCUGAUUAG